AUGUUCGGACAGCAGGUUUUAGUUCUCAACCAGAACGUGAAGAGGGAGUCUGGAAGGAAGGUCCAGACUGGCAACAUCAACGCAGCAAAGACUAUUGCAGAUGUGAUCCGGACCUGCCUUGGCCCCCGGGCCAUGAUGAAGAUGCUGCUGGACCCGACCGGAGGCAUUGUCAUGACCAAUGAUGGAAACGCCAUCUUGAGAGAGAUCCAAGUGCAGCAUCCAGCCGCUAAGUCCAUGAUUGAGAUCAGCAGGACUCAGGACGAGGAGGUGGGGGAUGGGACCACCUCAGUUAUCAUCUUGGCUGGUGAGAUGCUGUCUGUAGCAGAGCAGUUCCUUGAACAGCAGAUGCACCCCACAGUGGUUAUCGGGGCCUACAGGAGAGCUCUGGACGACAUGCUGGAAGUGCUCAAAGAGAUCAGUGUUCCUGUGGACACCUCUGACCGCUCCAUGAUGCUGAAGAUCAUUCACUCGGCCAUAAACACCAAAGCCCUGAGCCACUGGUCAGAACUGGCCUGUUCCAUUGCUCUGGACGCCGUGAAGACCGUUGAGCUGGAGGAGAAUGGACGCAAGGAGAUUGACAUCAAGAAGUAUGCCAAAGUGGAGAAGGUUCCUGGUGGCUUCAUUGAAGACUCAUGUGUCCUCAAAGGAGUGAUGAUCAAUAAAGACGUGACUCACGCUCGGAUGAGGAGGACCAUCAAGAACCCGCGCAUCGUCCUGCUGGACUGUUCCCUGGAGUACAAGAAAGGCGAGAGCCAGACCGACAUUGAGAUGUCGAAGGAGGAAGACUUUGCUCGUAUUCUUCAGAUGGAGGAAGAGUUCAUCCAACAGAUCUGUGAAGAUGUCAUCCGACUGAAGCCCGACCUAGUGUUCACUGAGAAGGGCGUCUCUGACCUGGCUCAACAUUAUCUGAUGAAGGCAAACAUAACUGCGAUCCGGCGCGUGAGGAAGACUGACAAUAACCGCAUCGCCAGGGCGUGUGGAGCGCGCAUUGCCAGUCGCACAGAUGAACUGCGCGAGGAGGAUGUGGGACUCGGCGCAGGAUUGUUCGAGGUGAAGAAGAUCGGAGACGAAUACUUCACCUUCAUCACGGAGUGCAAGGAUCCUAAAGCCUGCACCAUCCUCCUGAGAGGUGCCAGCAAGGAAAUCUUGGCAGAAGUGGAGCGUAACCUGCAGGAUGCCAUGCAGGUGUGCCGUAACGUGGUCCUGGAGCCCGCCCUGGUACCAGGUGGGGGUGCUGUGGAGAUGGCGGUGUCAAAGCGUUUGGCCGAACAAUCGCGGGCGCUAAAGGGAGUGGAGCAAUGGCCGUACCGUGCUGUAGGGUCUGCCCUCGAGGUCAUCCCUCGCACACUGAUCCAGAACUGCGGUGCAUCGACCAUUAGAGUCCUGACCUCAUUGCGGGCCAAGCACGCUGCAGACGGGGGGCGCUCUUGGGGAGUGAACGGAGAAACUGGAACUAUCUGCGACAUGACCAGUUUGGGGAUCUGGGAACCACUGGCCGUGAAGAACCAGACCUACAAGACUGCAAUGGAGACGGCUAUUCUACUGCUGAGGAUCGACGACAUUGUCUCUGGACAUAAGAAGAAAGACAAGGAUGAGGCAGGGGGUCAGGGGGCGGAGUGA